AUGAGCGGGCUUUACCUCGUCGUGCUGGCCACGCACUCCAAGUUGGUCGUCCUGGCCGUCGCCGUCUGCUCGGGCUUGGGGACAUUGGCUUUGCCGCCAUCUCGUCGCUCAAGUCGACCCACGUGUCAGAGCAGUGAAGAGACUGAACAAGCAGACGGAUGGCAGAGAAGAAAGAAGCACUAG